AUGUCCCUGCUGGUGGAGGAGCCCUGCUCGGUGCUGCUGCGUGUUCAGCAACGCCUGCGGGAGCUGGUGGAGGACAUGCGCGCCGCCCUGCAGAGCAGCGAUGCGCGGUGCCUGGCGCUGCAGGUGGGACUGCGGAAGAGCCAUGCCAGCCAUACAGGAGAAGGACCCUGCUUCAUAGGGAGGAAGAGACCAUUAACACAGAAGCCCUCCCAGACCAAGUGCCUCCAAGAUGUCCUGGAGGAAAUGGAGCUCAUGCGGAGCUCCAGGGAUGGGCAGAUUGAAGAAGCCAUCAGGUUCAGCCAGGAGCUGGAGAAGGAGCUGAAGAGCUCUCAGGAAGCUCUGGUCAGCCUGGAAGAUUGCAACCGUAACCUGAAGAGGGAGCAGGCAGAGAUGCGGAGGAAGGUGGAAGAGGCCAGACACGCUGUCCUGAACAGUCUUGGCAAAGUGAGGGAGCUGGAAGUGAGAGCUAAGGAGGUGCCACAUCUGCAGAUACACAUCCAGCAGCUGGAAUCACAACUGCAGCACUACAGGUAG